GACCAUGGGUGUCAACAUCAUGCAUCCUCCGCUGCACCAAGCAUCCCAGCUGGGACCCUUGGGUGUCGCGUUGCCUGCGUUUACAACUCGCUGCUGCCCAUAUCCCAGACUCGCUAGGCUAUAUUGGUCCAGUUGCAGAGCAACCAGCUCUUCAUUCCCCAAUCUUCGCAAUGCAUAUAGCUAUUUCGAACCUCUCAGCACGUACUUCCUUCCUCGUCUGCAGUUUGUCGACGAAUUAGUGUCUCAACGUUCUACCGAGAAGCCUUUCUCCAUACCCUAUCGACCAACAACUCUUUUACAGGUACUUCACGCGAUUCGACUUCCUAGUGUAGCAAAUCGAGUCCUUUCCCCAGUUGCGGGCCAUCACCCUCGGCUGAUCAUGCCGCCAGCCAUUCCGCAUCCUGAUGCUCGGCAACUCUCUGCUCCUGCUACCAUAUACCCUCCUCGUGCAGCGGGCCUACACAGCCUGGCGUCUUUCACCACGGUCCAAGCCAUGGACUCUGACGCGGCCCACGACGGUGUGGAUGGGGACAAGACACAUGACAACGCGCGGCCGUUUCAGGUGGUGGUGGCGGCGACGCCGGAGAUGGGCAUCGGGCAGGGCGGGCAGUUGCCGUGGACGCACCUGCAGCGGGACAUGGCGUUCUUCAAGGACGUGACGUCAUCCACGAGUCGUGCCGGCACCAGGAACGCUGUGCUCAUGGGUCGGCGCACGUGGGAGUCCCUGCCACCCCGCUUUCGACCGCUGCCGGGUCGGCUUAACGUGGUUCUCACUCGCUCCGGGCAGCUACCAGCCACGAGCGGUGACGGCGGUGGCGGGUGCGCGCAGCAGGACGUGGUGGUGGCGGAGAGCUUGGCGGCGGCGCUGCUCAUGCUGGGCGCAGAGCCGCACAAGUCCAGCAUCGAGAGCGUGUUCGUCAUCGGCGGCGGUCAAGUGUUCAGGGAGGCUCUCUCAUCGCCGCUGUGCGAGGCCGUCCACCUCACUCGCGUGCGCCGCCUGUCGUCCGCUGACCCCUCCACUCCCGCUGCCACCACUGGCGGACAUCGCGGCGUGGCAGAGGGCGAGGAGUUGAUUCCGUGCGACACGCACAUGCCCGCUGUUGACCCCUCCGCCUUCCGUCUCUGGCGCGCCUCCUCUCCCUUCAACGACAACGGCUACUCCUGCUCCUUCCUCACUUACGUUCGCGCCUCCCCCCCUCCCGAGCCCAACCCCCCCGCGUCGUCCUCCCUUGCGCUGCCACUGGCAGCCGUCGCGCCAUGCCAGGGCAAUGGCAUGGCGACGGCAGCAGUGGAGGGUGGGAGCAGUAGCAAGAGCAGCGAGGGGCGGCAGGUGCGAGGCGAGGGAGCAUGGAUGUCCCUGCCAGUGCGAGUGAGGGAGGAGCACGAGGAGUACCAGUACCUGAAGCUCGUCCGACGCAUCAUGGACGAUGGCGUGCCCAGUGACGACCGCACAGGCACCGGCACGCUCUCGCUCUUCGGCUGCCAGAUGCGCUUCAACCUUCGCCACACCUUCCCGCUCCUCACCACCAAGAGAGUGUUUUGGAGGGCAGUGGUGGAGGAGCUCCUGUGGUUCAUUCACGGCUCCACUAAUGCCAAGCUGCUGCAAGACAAGGGCAUCCACAUCUGGGAUGGCAAUGCUUCCCGCCCCUACCUUGACAGCUUGGGUCUGACUGACCGGGAGGAGGGCGACCUGGGGCCCGUCUAUGGCUUUCAGUGGCGCCACUUCGGAGCCAGGUACCGAGACAUGCAUGCGGAGUACAGCGGGCAGGGAGUGGAUCAGCUGGCGGAUGUGAUUCACCGCAUCAAGACCAACCCCAGUGACCGCCGCAUCCUCAUGAGUGCAUGGAACCCCACUGACAUCCCACACAUGGCCCUGCCGCCCUGCCAUGUGCUGGCCCAGUUCUAUGUGGCGCGCGGGGAGCUGUCCUGCCAGCUGUACCAGCGAUCAUGUGACAUGGGGCUGGGUGUGCCUUUCAACAUCGCCUCCUACUCUCUCCUCACCCUCCUCAUAGCUUCAGUGUGUGGGUUGCAGCCUGGCGAGUUCGUGCACGUGCUGGGCGAUGCCCACGUCUACUCCAACCACAUCGACCCGCUCAAGCUGCAGCUCCAGAAUACUCCCCGCCCAUUUCCGCGAGUGCGGAUAAACCCUGCUGUUGCAGACAUUGACAGCUUCACUGCAGCAGACAUUGACCUUGUCGGCUACAACCCACAUGCCAAGAUUUCCAUGCGCAUGGCAGUGUGAUGCUGCUCACUAUUGUAUGACACCUGAUGUCUGUUUGUAUUUUUUGGGUUGCAGAGCAACCUACUGCAAUCGAUCGGCAGAUUUGCUAUUUAAAAAUGAAAUUUGUCAAGUAAAAAACAUUCUAGAUA